GUUAACGCAUGCCAAAAUUGCCAUUACACACCUCUGGGUAAACAGGAAAAUGUGCAAAUGUAGAAUGAGAAUCCCAGUGGAGUGAACGAAAACAGCAUCAUGAGUUCUAUUCCGGACCGCCUUUUUGUUUCAGAGAUUCACCGUGUGCCAGGCACGGUUAUAAAUGUGUUUGAGGUCAACGCGUGAAAUAAAUUAAACCAUCCAUUUAACUUAUCAAUCAGUGCAACGAGCUUGUCAGACGUAGGCUACAUGUUAGAUUAUGCAUGUGCGACAUGCAGAUCCGUGGGAACUGUCGACUUGCAAGCACUACCGGUCCAGAAGGCUGCACUGCUCUUUAUAGGAACAAGAACGAUUCAACAAGAGUAAGAACAUUUUGAGACGCUUGUCUCAGUUCGUGUGGGCAGGUAGCUAGGUCUAUACCUGCAAGGAGAAUUAAUUAUAUUUGUUAAAUUUUCUGCAGGUUGAUCUUGGCAGGACAGUAGUUUAUUGAACACGCACAAUGUACAAGGUCGGUGAAAAUGAUCCUGGAGAUGUACCGGUGGUGGUUGGCGAGCGCAAGGCGUGUGGAUGCGGGCCGUGUCAUCCCCGGUGCCUCGCACCCCUGGCUCGCCCGGCUGUCUUCUCUGUGCUCAUGGCUCUCAUUCUGAUCGUCGAGCUGGCUGCCAUCAACGGCUACAUCGGGGCCAUCACUUCCACCUUAGAGAAGCAAUUCCUGCUAUCCAGCUCGGAGGUUGGAGCCAUCUCCAUCAUCAACGACUUGGUCAGUCUACUGGUGGUGGGCAUCUUCACGUACUUCGGUCACUCGGCGCACCGACCGCGCGUGGUCGGUACGGGCGCCUUGCUCGUCGGCGUCGGCACGGCCAUAUGCGCUCUGCCGCACUUCACCACUGAUUCCUCCACGGGAUCGUUCACCACGAACGCCUCUCAGCAUCGGGUUUGCGGGGAGUCUGAGAACACAACUAGUUUCGGAAACAAUGCUCCGGAGAAGUCCAGGUACACCAGUUUGUAUCUCUUCAUCAUUGGACAGAUUGUGGUGGGAGUUGGUAACGCCCCCAUCAUUCCACUGGCCAUGACAUACGUGGAUGAUGCAGUCGAGAAGCACAAAACAACAGCAUACAUUGCCGUCAUCUACAUCGGUACCUCCGUAGGACCCAUGGUAGGUUUCCUCGUCAGCAGCUGGACCCUGUCACUGUACGUGGACCUGGACACCAUUCCCCGGGACGAGUGGCCGGCCGUGCCCCGCAACGAUCCCCGCUGGAUCGGUGCCUGGUGGCUGGGGCUCCUGGUCCUCGGAUCUGCCAUGGUCCUCCUCGCCCUGCCGCUGUUCCUGUUUCCAAGGAGGCUUGGGACCCCUAUUGACGAGCCUGAGACCACGAAGAGUUCGGAUGUUGCGGGGCUGAGAUGCAACGGGGUGGAACUCCGCGGAGCCAGCGACCGUAGGGAAAAGGAGGAGGGGUUUGGUGACGAACAUAAAUCGGAGACCAAGAAGUUUGAGACAGAGAUCAGCCGAGAUCAGGACAAGAUGGAGAAAUUUGAAUCCAAGGAAAGCUCGAGGACAUUAAUGGGCCAAGUGAAAGAUUUCCUAUCGGCUCUCUUGCGACUUGGCCGAAAUCUGACGCUGGUGGCGCUGGCACUUGGCUUGGCAUCAGAGCUGGCAAUCGUCAGUGGACUGACGACGUUUGGCGCCAAAUACACGGAGACACAAUUCGGCGUGAGUGCAGGACAGGCUGCGUUACUCACUGGUGCAGCCAUCCUGCCGGCAUCUUGCGCAGGACACCUCCUUGCAGGCGCGUUUCUACGACGCUUCAGACUGACGGCUUUCCAGUGCUCCGUCUUCCUCUGCAUCACCGUACUUGUGACUCUCUGCAUCUACCCCGUGCUGAUGUUUCUGGGAUGUGACACUCCUACUGUGGUUAGUCCCAAGUCGACAUCGUGCACCAGCUCUCAGUGUGUCUGCGAUGACACCGUCAUUGAUCCAGUGUGCGGUGUGGAUGGCUUGACAUACCUAUCACCGUGUCUCGCCGGCUGUGUGGGCAGGGACGAAGAAAACAAGACCUUUUCAGAUUGCAGCUGCAUCCAGGGACCCGGCGCCAAUUCGUCGUCUACCGAAGACGAGUCCGAGGCAUCUUGGGAGGCCAGGGUAUCAGCGUGCCCGCUCUUCUGUACCAUGAUGGUGGCCUACAUCGCCACCUCAUCCAUGGCACUGUUCGUCAUGUUUAUGGGCCAGAAUCCCUCCAUGAUCAUCAAUCUCAGGUGCGUGGAGGAGAAAGAUAGAUCUUUCGCCAUUGGAAUGCUGACUUGUGUUAUCAAGGUCAUCGGAUUUUUCCCGGCACCCGUUUACUUCGGUGCAGUCAUCAAAUCCACGUGUCUCCUCUACGCGUCGAGCGAGGGCGCUGUACUAUAUGAAGAAACCGCAAACUCUGUCUGCUGGCACUACGACCUGCUCGCGUUCAGACGGCGAUUUUUCGGCUUGCUGAUUGGACUGAAGUCCUGCACGCUGAUUUUCUUCCUGAUCACUAUGGCAUCACUGUGGAGGAAAAGAAAAGAAGAGGUACAGACCGAGGAACAGACCGACAAACGACGCCAUUCUGCUUCAUCCGAAACGUCAUCCAUCUAAUGGGAAAAAAACCUGUGAUUUCGGUGGAUCAAAUUAUUAAUUUUGAGGAUCCAACGGCAAGAUAAAAAAAAACAUGAAAAACAAAAUACAAAGUAUUUAUUCACCUAUCCAUUUCAGCUUAUACAUAAGUGCUGUUAUAGAUAUUCCUUUUAGUAAUGAUAGCUUAAUGUGUACAGUCAUUUUCCUCUGUUUUGGAUAUAUUUAACUUCCAUACCUCAAAAUUAUUUGAGUUAAAGCUGAGGUGACAGAGAUUUUUAAAAAGACAUUCUGCCAGCUUUUUGGGGAACCUGCUGAAUGUUUCGGCAUCAUAGCCUUUUGUUUUCAAUUAAAAUAGGUGAUUAAACAGAGUAAAACAACAUUUUUUUAGCAUACGUGUAUUUACGAUUAUUAGAAGCGGACUGCACAAGCUUCAAGAGGCAUGCAUGUAAUUUAAAAAAAAAAAAAAAAAGGAUUAAGAGGUAUUAUUAAAAUCUUAAUUAAUUUCAUUUAAGUUUUUGAUAGUUUAAGAGUGAUACAUUUCAAACCUUAUUUUCUCAGACCGCCGAGAAUGCUGUCAUUGAUAGUUGUAAUGUGUUGGUUACGUAUUGAGUUGUCGAAUCGGCUGUGGCCAGUAUUUAUUACUGACAAACUUUUUGUAAUAUACAAAUAAAUUCUUUAAAGAAGGUUAGGCGUGCCAGUUAUACCGCAGAAAUAUACAACUGUUUUCUCAAUUAACUUGAAAGCAGCACAAAUGUGUAAAUAUAUAUAGCCAGACUAAGCCUUUUGGUUUAACUCUCCCGAACCGUACCACAACGCGAAAUUCCCCAACUUUUUAGAUUUGUGGCCAAAAUAUAUAUACCAAUAAGCAAAAUAUAAUGUUAUAUUUUUCAAAUUGUCAGAUCUUAUUAUGGCAUGCGUGAAUAUUAUAUAUAUGCAUAUUGUCAUUCGGUAUGCCUUCCAAUAAAUAUUUGUAUCAUGUGUCUA